AUGGUCAAACGCUGUGCUUUAUGCGGAGUUGUGGACAACAUCGAUGACGUUUCCGUACACAGAUUUCCAACUGCCGUACAUCGUCGUAUUGAGUGGGUGGCAUUUGUGGUGGACCAUGGUUUUCCCGUGAACCAAACAUCUCAGCUGUGUUCGAGGCAUUUCGUCCCCGGUGUCGACUACGCUGUGGGAAACGCGCUGCGCCGCCGUCUGUGGCCCACGGCAGUGCCUUCUUUGGUGCUUGGGGAUGUCGAGAUGGAAGAAAGGGAAGACGUGGAGGUCGUCGGCAUCCCAGUGGAGGGUGUGGAGUACGUGGAAGUCGUUGGCGUCCCAGUGGAUAUAGGGGAUGAUGUGGAAGGAGUGGAGGUGGUGGAGGACGUGGAAUUUUUUGAGGUCCAGAUGGACGGAGGUGAUGACGUGGAAGUGGUAAAAAUCCAGAUGGAUGGAGGGGAUGACGUGGAAGUGGUAGAAGUGCAGAUGGACGAAGUGCAAGCGGAACUGGAGUUUGUGGACAUGCUCGACGAGUUGCAGCCAGACGUCGACGAAGAGUUCCGACCACUUGCCGUGGGUGAACAACCCCGAGGGCGUGCGCCAAUAAUUGACAGGCCGGCAGGCGUGACACACCCGCUUCCAGAGCAGCACAACGCGGGCGCGUUAAACAGAAUCUGCACACAGUGUAACGCCCGCCUCUUCGAAGGCGAGGUUGUGGGCCAGGGUGCCAAUAUGCACUUCUCCACUUGCUGUAACAACGGUCAAGUGACCGCUGCAGGACAACACGCGUUGUUGCCCGCCCCUUUUUUACUAAUGAGUUUGUUGAUUGGAGAUUCACAGGAUGGUCGUAGAUUCCGAGACGACAUUCGCCGGUACAACAACGCCCUGGCAUUCGCUGCGUUUAGCUGUGGCACAGACGACAGGCGAUUGCGAGGGCGUGGACCGCGAACGAUGUGUAUCCAAGGCCAAACUUAUCAGAGGAUAAAUAAUGACGUGGCCGUUGACCGAGUAGAUGCCAACUACUGUCAGUUGUAUUUCCUCGAGUCCGCAGAGGCCAACGCCCGCCGCGUUGGGAUGGCUCUGCAGAGAAAUCAUCGUGAACUGUCCGUAGUUGUGAUGGGACUAUUGGACGGUUUUCUGCGAGACGUAAAUCCGUACGCAAUGGCUUUUAAGAACAUGCGUGAGGUGUGGCUGGCAGAAAGAGACCUAGCCGACGCCGAUCCCGCAGGUGUGCGACCUAGGCCAGUGACGAUGCAUUUUGUCCGAGAUGCAGCCCGGGACGACGGGCGAAACAACCUGCCUACCGCAAACGAAGUUGCGGCCGUGUUCGUUGGCGAAGGGGGUCGUCCGCCAAGAGACAUUAAUCUGGUCAUCUACGAUACGAAUCCAAUCAACCCGCAACACAGGAUGCAAACCAUACCAGCGGGGUCGUGUCACUCGGAUCCGAUGUUGUAUCCGCUGUUUUUCCCGUACGGCGAGGCCGGUUGGCAUAACGGGAUGUUGCAACAGGGCAACCGACGAAACAAUGUCCGCAAUCGCAACAGUAUCAGAGAGUUUGCGUGCUACCGUUUGGCUGUUAGAUAUCAGGGAAAUAACGACCAAAGGCAUGAACUGUUUAGUUUAUUACAUCAAGAUCGGUUCUUGUUGCAGAUGUAUGUGUGCGACCAGUAUGUUCGAAUGGAGUCGAACAAUCUGAACUACAUACGUUUGCACCAGAGGGAUCUCCUCGCCGAAGCGUAUCAAGGGCUCAUGGACCAUGUGAACCAACAGCUCCGCAUCGAUCCCAUGGCGGUCGGGCGUAGGAUCAUAUUGCCGUCGACGUUCACGGGUAGCGACCGAUUCAACAAGAUGAAUUAUCAAGACGCCAUCACCGUAGUGCGUACCAAAGGGAAACCCGACCUGUUCAUAACGUUUACGUGCAAUCCCAGGUGGCCAGAGAUCACUGAAAACCUGGCUGCCCACAGCACGGCAAGCGACAGGCCGGACCUGGUGGCCAGAGUGUUCAACAGGAAGCUACAGGAGCUAAUAGGUGACAUAACUGUAAAUCGUGUGUUUGGUAAUGUCGGCGCUUACGUGUACACUAUCGAGUUUCAGAAACGUGGUCUGCCCCAUGCGCAUAUACUGAUAAUCCUGGCGGAGGACUGUAAGUUCCGCACGGCCGAGGACGUGGACGACGUGGUUUGCGCCUUCUUGCCGGACCCCGCAAUCGACAGGCGCCUACACGACUGCGUCAAGUCUCACAUGAUCCACGGGCCGUGUGGAACAGUCAAUCCACAGUGUCCGUGCAUGGUGGACAACAAAUGCUCCAAAGAUUUCCCGAAAGCGUACGCAGAGGAGACUGUGUACGUUGCGGACGGCGGAUAUCCAAAGUACCGCCGACCGGAUGACGGCCGGGUGGUACUUGUGAUAGGUCGUGAGGUUGGUAACGAGUGUGUAGUGCCAUACAACCCUUACCUUCUGGCCAAGUAUGACGCGCACAUCAACGUCGAGAUAUGCACGUCCAUAAAGAGUGUCAUGUAUAUCUACAAGUAUAUAUACAAGGGACACGACCGUGUGACGUUGGAAGUUCAGGACCAGGAUGAGAUUGCCAAGUGA